AAGAAACGAUGUAAACAAACAUUGAGCUGUCUUUCGCUCGCUCGGACGAACAAAUCGAUCGUUCCGUUUUGGAAACGUAAUGUCUACGUUCAAUUUCGCUGAGUAAGUCCGGAUUCGAGUGUUCCAGAAACGUCUUGCAUUCGGGUAUAUAAAGGCAGCCACUCCCAGUCGACAUCCAUACUGCGAUUCGGUAGAAUCUCCGCAAGAGGCAACUGAGUGUCAACGUCUGCGUCCGACGUCAAAACCAUCGAUAGUUAAUCAGAAACUACUAAGAGUAAGAAUUCUACGCCGGCCCGGUAGAUAGAGAUAUUAGACCACUUGUUAAUUUCACUUUUGAUCAGCCAUAUACAAAAGGAUUCAACGCAACAUGUCUAUGACAGUGAAAGCAUACCUGAAGCGGGGAGAGAACGCAAAUGCAGAGAUCCGUCGCUUUGUGAUUGACGUUGCUGUGAGUUCAAACUAUGAAUACCUUUCCAAGAAGGUAGCUCAAGUAUUUCCGUCUCUGGGUGAACCCGACAAUUUCACUCUCUCCUGGAAAGAUUCUGAAGGAGACAACAUCACUUUCUCCAGCGAUGAUGAGUUGGUAGAAGCCUUGGGUCAGAUAAAUGAUGACAUCUUCCGGAUCUAUGUCAAAGGAAAGAAGAAGUGUUCCCGUGAAGCCCCCGCGUCUACCAGUUCUGAUGACGGUGGUCGGGAAGAGCAGGUAUACCAUCCAGGCGUAAUCUGCGACGGGUGCGAGAGUCGAAUCCGCGGUCCACGAUUCAAGUGCAUCACUUGCCCUGACUAUGACCUGUGUAAGCAGUGCGAAUCCAGAGGCACCCACCCGGAGCACAGUUUCGUCAAGUUCCGCAAGCCUCAAGUCGGCCGCAGUCACCACGGUGGAUUUUUCAACAGACCUGGGAUGUUCCGCCAAUUUGGCCACCCUGGCUGGCGUCAUUGGUGGCAGUGGAACCAACAACAGCAACAGCAGCAGCAGCAGGAGGGUGGUACCCAAUCUGCUACCCAAGAGGAGCAAACCCAGGGGGCUGGUGGCUCUCAAAAUAAUGGAGGCUGUCCCAUGGGCCCAGGUCCCUUCUGCCCCCCUCCUCCCCCACCCCCAGGGUUUCACAUGCCACCCCCACCCCCACCUCCACCCCAUGCUUUCCUGAGGGACAUCGGACAGACUGUUGCCCAGAUGCUUGACCCUCUAGGAAUUGAUGUUGAUAUCGACAUCGACCACCAGGGUAACCGUACACACUGUGCUGGAGAAGCCAACGCCUGCGGUGGAGGACGUGGCCGUGGGAGACAUGGGCGUCGUCAUGGGGGCAAAGGUCAACGUGGAUGCCGAAAGACAUGGCACGGUGGCGAGCAGACAUCUAUGGAUAUGAGCCAGGAGGAUGUGGAACAACCGGGUCAAGAAGCUUCAAACAACCAAGAUAAGGGAGCUAGCACACAGAAUGAAGCCAGUCAGAAACAACCGCAAGAACCUUCUGAACCAAUGGAGACUACUGUGAAAGACAGAGCUGGUAAAAGUCCGAACGCCUCACCAUCUGGGAGUGAUGAUGCAGACUGGACCAUGCUUGAGAACACAGGAGGAAAGACUCCCUCCCAGACUCCACAGGAAGGAUCUACAGUGCAUCAGACUGCUCUGAAUCAGAUGAUGGCGAUGGGCUUUGACAACGAGGGCGGUUGGUUGACCAGCCUCCUGGAAGCGAAGAAUGGCGACAUCGUCCGUGUCCUUGACGCCAUCAAGAUCGGUCACCAGCCUGCGUUCACCGGAAACUCCAAAUAAAGCCGUUCUAGAGAGAUUGCAUCGUGUCGCUAUUGUAACCGUAACUAAGUUUAGCUUUGCUACUCUGUAUGAUUUUUGACCCAUUUCUCCAAAACCAAUUAUAAAACUUUCUACAAGUAUAUCAGGGGAGAGUUUCAUGACAGGGCUUGUUGGAUGUUUUCCAUUAGUCUAUAUCAUCUGACAGUUACCAUAGCAACAGUCAGAAACCUGUGCUUCUAAGCCAAUUGAAAUUCAGCAAAAGUUGUCGGACCUGACACCUUGUCAGAUGACAAAUAGGUAAGGUACAAAAAAAUGAAUGGUUAGGUAUGUCUUUCUAGUUAUAUCAAGCUACAAAAUAUUAACAAGUGGGUGAGCCGAGUCAGAAUUUUUCUUCUAGAUUUCUGCUAGUGUCUGUUUGGACAUUACGCACACUUGCAAUCUGCAAUCGGCUUACACAUGCAUGCAGUUUAAAAAAAUAAAAAAUGCAUGCAUUAUUAAAUGGCAAACUAUUAAUUGAGUAGUCUGAGAAAUGAGAUAUAUAUGUGAAGUUACAUAAUUGGUUUUGGAGAAACAGUCAUUCUUUUGUUAUAUUUUAUGGUGUAUGUAAAUAUAUUUUGAUCUGAUAAAGUUAUCCAUUUGUUGCAAUAUAUCGAAUCAUAUGAAUUCAAGCAGUUUUCUAUGAUUGUAUUUUAUUCAUAAUAGUCAUAAUAUAUUUGUAAGAAAAUUGUAGAGAUAAAAUUAUUAAAUGACACCAUUCAUUGUCAUAUAAGCAGAGCUGCCAAGAUGAAUUUUACAUUUUCAGAAUUCUUAUCGUUCCAAAAUCCACAUUUUGAUCCGAAAAACCUAGAACUAUAAUUAUAGUGCGUGAAAAAAAAUUAUGAAUGGAUAUUGGCUAAGUUCUUUCACUAAUUACAUUUCCUUCCCACACAUAGAUUUGUUUUUUAAGUAACCACUGCCUUUGAAAUAGAGAGAAUGCCAAGAUAUGGAAUAAAUGCAUAACUUUAUUGAUGAUCUUUAAAUUGAAGGCCAUCUUUCUUGACGAUGCCUGAGCUGGUCUGGGCUCUGUCGUAGCAUGCUUGUCAGCAUUUGUAUUGAUGUGGUUAAACCAUUUCCACAUCCUGUAUCUACACCUGGGAGGUGUUUCACAAAGAUUUGAGUAUUAAAGUCAUACUUAAAUGCCGACGCAUACAUGAUAUGCAACGCACGAACUUAUUGAUAGAUAUGCAUUAGUGCGCAUCCUCAUGACACGAUCUGACCAAUGCGGUCUAGCCUUUCAUACUGUACGCAACUCGGUAUUUAUGUGCGACUCUAAUGAGGUGUUGCAAGAAACUUGCAAUCAAUUGCAAGUCUAUUUUCAGUCCCUAAAUCAAUUAUAAGUUAUAAGUUUAGAAAUAAAUCACACAUUUGCAAUUGAUUGCUAAUCUGCUUCUUGAAACAAAGCAGUGUAAUCUGAUAUGCUACAGUUAAAACUUAUCUAUUAGUUGUAAAAUUGCAACCAAAUACUUGCAAUUGAUUGCAAAAUUUUCUUGCAACACCCCCUAAGUCAUACUUAAAUCUUUGUGAAACACCCCAGAUUUAGUUAUCAGUCCUUCAUAAGUUUUAUAUCCUUUGAGGUUUGACUUUUGGCAUGAUCUUUUUUGGACUUUUUGUACUCGAGAUACUAAAUUCAUAGAUUUAAUUCCUUCAUUUAAAUACAUAGUAAAUAGUGCAAUGGGUGAUUUCAAGUUAGGUGCUGACCUUUCGGUGUUGAAGCAAUUUUUACAUUAGCACAGCACCAAACAUGAAGAAGUUGGUUGUGGGAUUACUUACUCUCACCAGGUGUUUAACUGUGAUCAUUUCAUUUUUGUAAAGCUGAGAAAACCUUUCUAAAUUGUGUUUCAAACACCAAAACCAAACUUGAAAUUAUGUAAUGAAAUGAAAUGCAUACAUAAACAUAAAUACAUUUUGGCAUUAAAAGAGAGCUUUCUCAUAGUUGUAUUCCCAAAGCAAACAGUAUAAAGUAACCAAGAAUAGUUCUCUCAAAGUGAUUAACAUAUUUAAAAUGCUGACAUGUAUUCUUCUAGAGCGAUGGCCCAGUAGUAUUAACAUACUUCAGUAAGAUCUUGUAAGAGACAUAUAUAUUUUAUUUCAUAUAAUGAUAUUUUAUAUAUAUAUAUACACACUGCAUUAGCAUGUAUACUGCUGUUUAAUAACUCUAUGACGUUGUACCCGCAUCUGUGAAUUAUGUGAAAUUAACAUUUUUCUUUUAAUGUAUGUAAAGAUACAAGAGACUUAUUUGUAUCAUAAAGGGUUGUAGGGGUGUUCCAUUACACUUACUGCUAGUCUAAAGUGAAUAUAUUUGGCAUUAUAUCAGAUAAUGGAAAAUAAUUGCAAAUAUAUGAAAUUCUUGAAUAUGCAUCCGGAUUUUAGACUGAAUGAUUUUAAGCAUGAAAAUGGUUGAUGCUGUCUUUAAAGUUGAUGUGUCCUGCAAUAAAUGUGACAUUUGUGUAAAAUCAA